GUUGGGUCCCCCAACAUCCGGGUACCGGCUCUAGCCGCCCAGAUUCUGGCACUAUGGUCAUGGCGGAGGGGACGGCAGUGCUGAGGAGAAACAGGCCCGGCACCAAAGCUCAGGAUUUCUAUAAUUGGCCUGAUGAAUCCUUUGAUGAAAUGGACAGCACAUUAGCUGUUCAACAGUAUAUUCAACAGAACAUAAGGGCAGACUGCUCCAAUAUUGACAAAAUUCUUGAACCACCUGAAGGCCAAGAUGAAGGUGUAUGGAAAUAUGAACAUUUAAGGCAAUUCUGCCUAGAGCUAAAUGGACUUGCUGUCAAACUUCAGAGUGAGUGCCAUCCAGAUACAUGUACUCAGAUGACGGCAACUGAACAAUGGAUUUUUCUUUGUGCAGCUCAUAAAACUCCAAAAGAGUGUCCUGCUAUAGACUACACUAGGCACACACUUGAUGGUGCAGCAUGUCUUCUGAAUAGCAAUAAAUAUUUCCCUAGCAGAGUUAGCAUAAAGGAGUCAUCUGUAGCCAAACUAGGAUCAGUAUGCCGUAGAAUUUACAGAAUAUUUUCACAUGCUUAUUUUCAUCAUCGGCAAAUAUUUGAUGAAUAUGAGAAUGAAACAUUUUUGUGUCAUCGAUUUACUAAAUUUGUGAUGAAAUAUAAUUUGAUGUCUAAGGAUAACCUGAUUGUACCAAUUUUGGAAGAGGAAGUGCAGAAUUCAGUGUCUGGGGAGAGUGAAGCAUGAUGGGAAUCAUACAUAAAAAUGUACUGAACACAUAAUUAACAUUAAUUAUGUACUGUAUAUAUCAUUUUAGACACUUCAAUCAUGUAUUCAUAUUAUAGCUUCUUUGUUUAGUAUAGUUUUGUAUGCUGUGUGUUGCCUUUUAAAAUGGGAAAGACUUUAAGUUAUUCAUGAGCUGUAUAUUCACCAGUGUGGCACUCAUGGUUUUUAAAUAAGAUUAGUAUUAUCUGUUUAUAAUGCCUGUUAAUAAAAAGAAUUUACAAUUCUGUAAAAUUGCU